AAACCUCACCUCAUUAUUUAUCUUAUUCUUAAUUUUACAGAAGCAAGUGUUGAUUGCUUUCCUUUUAAGCGAACUUUACUCGCUAGUUAUAACGUCCAAGUAAUUUUCCUUCCUUGAUUCAGAUACCCCUCCCAACUCCAAAACCUACUCUUUCCUUUCACGCCUUUUCAGAUCACAGUGCUCAACCCUCACUAUAUUACUCGUUCAAAUCUGCUUCAAACUAGUCCAAGAAAUCGAACAAGAUGUGCUGCGGUGGUAGGAUGUGUAUGCUCUGCACUUGCGUGAUUCUUGUGGUGAUCUUGAUCGGUUUGCUGUUUGGAUUUGGUGUUUUCAAGAAUGGGUUUCACAAAUUGAAGGACACAAUUCAUGUUGGUGAUGCUUCUCAUCCUAAUUUCAAUGCCAGACCCUUCUUGGGUUUCGAUGUAGCUCCUGGUCCUUUCUAGGGAUCCUCUUCAUUCUUCAUUUGGGUUUUUUUUUUUUUUUUUUUUUUUUUUUUUUUUUUUUUAUGGGUAUUUGUUGUUUGGAUUUUUAUUUUUUAAAUUGUUAUUGCUUAAUUGAAGCUAAUUCUGGUACAGUGUGGUUUGGAUAAAUUGUGGUUUUGAAUUCUGAUGGGCACGCGAUUCUAGUAAAAAAAUAUUCGAGCUUGGCAUCUCUCGCCGCACUGUGUGAUGGUGUGCCUUAGUAAA